AUGGUUCAACUAAACUCUCCAUUAACAAAAACUCCUAAAACAAGAGAAUAUAUCGAUAUUUUCUGCGAAAUAAAGAAACUCGAAACAUUUUAUCAUGGAUUCGAAGAAAAUGCUCCAACAAUUGUUGUUUUUGGUGAUCAAUCAAGUGGCAAAAGUUCCGUUUUACAACGGUUAACUGGUGGUUUAUCAUUGCCAAGGGAAUCCACAAAAAGUACAGUUGCACCUUUCAAAAUUCGUAUGUUACAAAGAGAAGAGCCGUUACAUAAAAUCUCUUUACGUUACAUAGAAGAUAAAAAUCGUAAACCGGUAACUCCGAGAGAGGUCGACUUUGCUAUUAUAACAGAUUUAGAUGAGGAAGAUAUCGAACUAAAAUUGCGUGAUGCUCAACGUUAUGUGCAGAAUCCAAGUAUUACAGAUAUUGAAAAUACACGAUUACCUGAUUCUGAUGAGUUAGCUUAUACAAAAAAUGCUGUAUGUGUUACAAUCAGUGGUCCAGGUCAGACAUAUAAUUUAUCGAUGGUCGACUUACCAGGAGUGACAAGGAGCGAUGAAGAUAACGAAGUUUUUGUUUUAUCCUUGGUAAAAGAAUAUAUUAAAAAAGAAACGACAAUCUUGGUCCCAGUAUUUCAAGCGACUUCUGAUAUUGCUACACAAUGCGCGUAUCGUCUUGCGCGUGAAGCAGAUCCGGACGGUCAACGUACUGUAGGCGUCCUGACAAAGAUGGACCGUAUCGUCGAUUAUCCAUGUGAUGACGAAAAACACCUUGAACUUGCUACUCUUGUAAAAGGUCAAGGUGAACAUCAACUUGUAAAUGGUAGUUAUGUUAUAAGAAAUCUUUCUAGUGUUUCGGAGAUUCAUGAAGAUCCAGAAGAGUUGGAAAAAGAAACAAUCAGAAAACUUAAACAACAUAUAAUCUGGGAAGAUGUGCCAUUUGAUCGAUUCGGGUUACAAAAUCUAACGAUGAAAUUAAGUUAUUUACAAAGAAAAGCACAUAAACGGUCAUUGCCUAAAGUACGUUCGUUUUUGGAAGAUCGCAGAUCUGAAUUUCAAGAAAAAUUAAAUGAACUUCCACUACCAUCAGAUGGAAAUCCUAUGAUACAUUACUUGUCCAGUAUAAUAAUGAAUACACAAAUACCAUUACCUGCUGCAAUAAUGGGAACGAUGAUUUGCAUGUAUUUUUAUAAUGUUUUCCUUGUGUAG